UAUGUACUUUAUAAAUAACCAUAACUUGCUACAUUUUCAACCGUUUUCCCAACGGUUUGGUUUCUUACAAACCUUAUUAACGUGGUUAUAAUAUUGUACCUAUUUUAAAACAUUUCAAUUUUUUUAGAAUCUAACAUAAUUAUUCAUCAGUAUCAUGUAUACGCAGGCCUUUGCCGUCUCGUCUCGAGCUUCUCGCUCACAACCAAUCACGUUCUUCUGGAGGUCACUAGUUCUUAAUUGAUUUCAGCUGCGUCUCCCCCGCCUCUCCUCAUAAAGCGCCCCCACCGUGACGGAUGUUAAUCGUUUAUUUUGCGUUGGAUUGCGUGGGCUGAACAAUCCGGACAUCGUGGCCACCGACGUGGACCCCCGCCACCGGGACUCACGCAGUGAGUAACGCGGGUAACUUCCUUCCUUCAUGAGCACUGCACACAUGUUACACUCUCCCCAUCUCCUCCUGUCGUCUGUUCUCGCCCCUCUAUUGUACAUGUUUUACCGCUGGAGGUUAAUGUGGAUUUGCUGAUGGAAGUGGUAGUUUGUGUUGAGUGGUUUAUCUAUGGGAUCGACUGACUAACUAACGCUGCGGACCGCUACAGCACCGACCACCACACUGGGAAGUGUCCUCUGCUCACUGUGGAAGCAGCAUGGAAGAACUGCAGCAACUCUGAUGGAAACGAGGACCUCCACGCUGUUGAACACAAACUGUUCUAGGCCUACUACAAACCGAGGCGGUCCCACUCGUUUAUAGAUCUCGUGGUCAAUGCGGCAGACCGCUGGACCUGGACGUCACCUUCUGCAGAUACUUCACUGCCCUCAGGAAUCCACGGAUAACUUGAAACAUGUCCGACUCCACAUGUCCGAAAAAUCAACGAUGGAAACUUGUGGAAGGAAGAAAGGGGUCUGUUUUUGCUCAACCCAUAACCCCACUGAGCCCUUCUGUGGAAACCUGUCUGACUGACCCUACUGACUGGGGGCCUGUUGAUGUGUUUGGUCUGGUAGAAGGUUUGCUGCUUGUGAUCUGCAAGGUGGUCCUGGGUUAGAUGCGGUGUCUGACUUGCACACCACUCUCCCAAUUCUAUUCUUCUCUUUACUACUUUUCUACUUUCAAUACACUUGCUGCUGCUGCUGUUGACCGCUGGUGGUGCAAUGUGGUUUUUAUUCGCGUAUGUUCUGUGGACUUUGCAUUUGUAUUUUAAUGAACAUGUUUACUGCCUGUUAGACCUCGGAUUGGCAAACCUAAACUCCUUCACUGGCAAAAUGUAGAUGCAAAUUAAAUGCCAAAAUUAACAUUUCAAUAUUCGUUUUGCGUAUUUCACCAAUAGCUUCGGAACUAGACGGACCUCGUAUAUAAUUUGCUCUUCAAAGAUGCGGUCUGGCGCCCCUCCGUUAUAUAACGUUUUCUGCCCGGUACGAAAUAGACCGACCAAUAGCAACCCUUUAGGCUAUCUAAUGUGAGGUUGGAUAUACGCAACAUGUAGAGGUGUUUCAACAACAAAGAUAGAAGUUGGGGAACUAAAGACUGUAUGUGCUCACUAAAAGAACGAACGACUACUACUCAAAGAUUUUGAGGAAUAUGUAUUUCUGCAUCACCCGUUCCAAUGCUAUGAUUAGUCGAGGCCUAUCCAAUAGCAUAGCAUCGUCCCAUUUUAGAUCGCGCCCUUUAGACACGCCCCUUGGUAAUUGAACAACGCACUUCAACGCAGAGGAUCCAGAAGGAUUUCACAACGAGUCCAUUGGAAGAUAUCGAGGAACAUGAACAUCACCAAUGAAGGAGAGUAACGUUUCCACUUGCUAUAGGAAUUGAGUGAAGCACUAAAUAGUUAAUAAUAAUAAUGAUAAAAUGUGGUCACCAUUUAUUGACUUUUUGGGUAAGAUUUGCUUUACUAAUAUAACCGCGUUAAAACCGCAUUCCAUUUACUUUUCUUGUGUAGUUUCCCACUAUUCAUUAAAUGUUUUAUAGAAGUAAAAAAGUAAUCAAUAGAACUAUACACAUUUGUACAACAAUUAAUCAUUAUACAGGAUUUGAACAUUUUCUAUUCGAGCUCAUGCUUCAUAAUAUUUCCAAGGAUUGCAGAGUACCAAAUGAUUUAUGAACAGUUGUUUUUGUUCAGGAGCGGAUUGUACUCCCAGAGGCUUCAACAGAGCAGGUCUGGAGCUGGGAGCUGCAGGUGGAUGUUGGCCAGGAGCCGUUCAGUCCUACAGGAACAGACGGUAGAGGUGACGGAGGCGGUCGUCUGGAGGUGCUCGUCUGGAGGUCCGUGGCGGUCGUCGGGAGGUGCUCGCCGUGAGGUCCGUGGCGGUCGUCUGGAGGCGCUCGCUGCAGGUGGAGGGAAGGCCGGGAGCCGUGCAGCCCAACGGAUGCAGAACGAAGGACUGAGGCGGAGGUCCUGGAGGCAGAGGCCAGCCUGGAGGCGGCGGUGGCCUGGAGGUCCUGGAAGCGUCCAACCUGGAAGGGGCGGCAUGGAGGGCCAGGUGGCGGCUCCUCAUCCAAAGGGCCUGGAGGCGGCCAACCUGGAAGGCCUGGAGACGGCCGAGGUCCUGGAGGCAACGGCGGUCCUGGAGGCAACGGCGGGCCUGGAGGUGGAGGUAAUCUGCAGGUCCUGGAGUCGGUGGGCCUGGAGGCGGCGGUUGGGUCCAACCUGGAGGGCCUGGAGGCGGUGGUGGAGACCAACCUGGAGGUCCCGGCGGUGGCGUCCACCUGGCGGCGGUCAGCCUGGAGGGCCCGGCGGCGGCGUCUUGGAGGGCCCGGCGGCGGCGUCUUGGAGGGCCCGGCGGCGGCGUCUUGGCGUCUUGGCGGUUGUAUGUAUUAUUGGGAACUGA